AACGAUUCCGAUAAUUACUUCUACUGUUUAUAGAUCAUAUAAGAGGCAGUUUUCACAAAGUUUAGCGAUUGAGAAUAAGCUUUCUGCUGUAGAAUUCCGUUUCUCGCAUAGUCUUGGAUGACUGAAGUUAACUAUCAAUAUUUAGUAUUAACACCUUAUGCAGUAACAUUCACGGUUAGACUGAAUUUUUAUAGUUGUAAUAGUUGCAUGAAUUAGAAUAGAUCACUUGACAUUCUACUUUUAUCUGUGGGUAAAAACUGUCUAGAGUGUUUGUUUAAGUUUCUCAAACCACAAGUUAGCGCGUCUUUGAAUGUUAUGUCUGGAGUGAGAUUAGAUAAUACGGAUAUUUUUGAACGUGUUGGAACCGAGUCGUAUGGACGACCUGGUGAAGAAACUAGUGCGACAGACACUAAAGAAAAUGCUCCACAUUAUACAAUUCAAGGGGUAUUACAUUUCCUGCAAACUGAGUGGAAUCGUCUGGAAAUGCAACGCUCCCAAUGGGAAGUCGAGCGAGCUGAAUUGCAAGCACGAAUAGCAUUCCUUCAAGGGGAGCGUCGUGGUCAGGAAAAUCUAAAGCAGGACUUAGUUCGACGAAUUAAAAUGUUAGAGUACGGUUUGAAACAGGAGCGUGUCAAAUUUCAUCUAUACAAAGCUUCAAUUUCUGCUGGCAACCCACCUACUUCCCUUAAACAAACUGAUCAAGAAUCUAGUACCAGAAAUGAGUCAACCACCGCAAAGCCUGUGCUGAAACCAGCUGAAAAACUAGCUGAGUGUACUGAGCAGACUCUCGAAAGUAAUGUGAAGUGGCGAGAGAGUCGAUUACGUCUCAAACAGUUUCUUCAGGAAGUUGGUUAUGCAGAUGCUGUCCUCAGUGUACGCGAAGCACGUGUACGCCAUUUAUUGUUGUCAGCUGCAGGGUGGCCUAAUGAACCUGAUUCUUCUCUCACGACUGCAGAUCCGAAGAAUAAACACUAUCUUUGGGAAUGUGAUAAGCCCAAAUCAAAACUCAAUGAUAAUGCUGGUUAUGAUGCCAGCCUUCAAGAUGAACUUGCGGAGGACGCUAUAGCAAAAAUAAAUCAGGUUGUGCGCUCAGGCUCAGAUUUUCUCACGUCUGAUGAUUUGGGUUCUGGAUUUGGUAGUGAGUUAAAUGAUCAAUCUACCGAACCGGAUACAACAGGGAAUUCUGGUACUGACAAUUCUGAAUCAUUUGAUAACGCAAGUUGGGUGAACAGAUUUCGUCGAACAAGUGAUGUGAAUAAACGCAAAUCGCAGGGUCAAACAAAUUACUCGCAACGAAAUGAGUAUUCCAAGAAUAUAACUUCUAGUACCACAGUAUCCUCGUUUCUGAACAGUUUUGGGGAAAUUGGAAGUGCAGGACAAUCGAAGCGAUUCGGUCGUAAACAUGCAGCCGAUACAAAUAUUUUGGAUUUAAUCAACACAUUGUCGGAAAAAGUUGAUAAUAAUGAUGAUUUUUUAUCAAACGCUGUAUCUGAUAUUAAUUCAACCGCCGCAGUAUAUCCUAGUAGUGGUCAAACUCCGAAUUCUGUCUCACCAAACAAUAAAUCGAGUUCACCAAAUAAUGGAACAAAUUUAUGGGGAUCGGACUUAUCAGAUCCCAGUGUUGUAGAUUCUACUGGUCAGGUUGGUGUAAAAGGUCGUCUGGAGUCUGUGAAAGAAUCUAAUCCGACAGAUCCUCUUGGGCUAGGUGAUCUGGCUAGUUUAACUGUAGCUAACGAAGCUGAUUCAGGUUUAAAUGGUGAUGUUUGUGACUCAAAUUUACCUGGAAGCAAUUAUGAAUCAUCAGUGUUAGGUGGCUCUGUCAGUAGUAAUGCUCAAGUAGACAGUGCGGCAAAUAUUUCAUCAACCUACUCAACUGGUCGUCGACCGUGGGCCCCGAGAUAUACACUUCGCGGUCACUUCGACGGUAUCAGAAGCGUUGCAUUUCAUCCCACCGAACGAGCUGUUUAUACUGCUGGUGAAGAUGGAUGUGUAAUGCUUUGGAAUUUGUUAAAAACUGGGCCUCCGGGAUCGGCUAUUACCUCAGGAAGAGCAGGUCUCAAUUCAGGUCCAGUGGACGAAUUGUCACCUGUACAUGUUUACUGUGGCCAUAAAGGCCCUGUUUUGUGUGUCACUACGCCAAGCCCUCUGCUUUCCUCAACUAUGAGUACUGCUGUGUAUUCUGGUGGUCUUGAUGGAACAGUUCGAUCAUGGCGUUUACCAUCUGCCUCUAAUGGUCUAGGUCUGAUUGACAUAUAUGCACCUCAAGAACUAGAAACUGUGACUGGUCCAGUUUUUGCAAAUUCAUCAUCACCUGUUUGGUCAAUCGCUGUACACCCAUCUAGUCCUCUGUUACUUGCUGCUCAUGCAAAUGGUUCUAUCGAUUUUUGGUCUACUGUAGAAAAGCUUGAAAGUGAUUCACCAAUUUCUCCAGUCCUAUCUGUUCAUAUGGAUCGCCUAAUUAAACCUUUAGGUGCUAAUGAACCCCCGUUCGGACGUCCAACUUGUCUUCAUUUUUUGGUCAGCCGUCCGGAUUCAUUAACCGCCUCUCAAUGUGUUGUUGGAACUAGCACGGGAUGGUUAGCGCUAUUAGACGUUCAGACUGGUCAGUUAAUCAAUCAAAUACCACCAGCACCUCCUCUGACCGAUCCUAGUCGCGAUGAGCAGCCACUGAAUAUGGCAAACAUACCGAUAGCAGGCGAAUGUAGUUUACCUUCUGGUUGGACAGAACGCUCACUUAAUGCUCUGGGUUCACACCAAACAUUAUCUCUCGUUAUUGGAGCCCAUGAAGAUCGUUGUAUUCGGUUCUAUGAUAUCAACCGCAUGUCCGACCGUUCAUCAGUUACAAAUUCGGCAUGUGUAGACGCUAUGGUUACACAUUUGAACGCUGUUACAAGCCUUGCAGUCGAUCCUCACGGUCUGUAUUUAUUGACUGGAAGUCAUGAUGCCUCUAUCCGUGUUUGGGAUGUUGAAAGUCGUACAUGCAUACAAGAAAUGACUAAUCAUGGAUUCAAAUACAAUGAAUCAGUUCAUUCAGUAGCUUUACAUCCACAACUUCCUUUAGCAGCUAGUGCUGGAGCAGAUGCCAUAUGCAAAAUUUAUGUAACAGCUACAUAAAUAAUUGAUUAAUUUCGAUUAUAUUCUCUUCAUAAACACUCAACCAUUUGUAAUUUUCGUUUGUUUUUUCUCACUCUUUUCUCCAGUGUUAAACUGCAUAACUUUUUUGUUUUCGUAUUAUGACAUUAAUGUUCGGUUGAUAUUCUAUUUUUCCCCAUCUACUGUUUAUGUAUGUAUGUUUUCUCAUUCCGUUUUAUUGUUUGUUCAAUGUAGAAAACGUAUAUUUAUACAUAAUUUUGAUCUGCAUGCCUACUUGAACAUUUUCGUAGUCUUCAAAGACUUGAUAGUAUUGCUGACCAUUUCAAUUUAUUAGUGGUAAUUAAUGUGUUUUUUUUUUCAUUCGAUCCAUUUUAUUUUGUUUUUGGCAUUUUAUCAUUUCUCUUCUAAUUUGCUUACAUAAAUUAGUUAGAUUUACUUUUAUUUAUGCAUUGUGUUAUAUUCGUUUUACAUAGAUACACUUGUCUUUAUUAUCUAAGCUAGAGACUUGUAGUUUGAAUCCUGAUAUGUUUCAUAUGCUGAUUAAUUUCAAGGUGAAUACGUACUACAUACUCUAUUCAUUAUCAUCAUUAAACUCGGUUGCUUUUAUUUUCAUUUAUAUAUAUAUAUAUAUAUGAUCUCUUUUUCUGAAAAACUAUUUCAUGCUCAUUAUUUCAAUGAUUGUUGAUCAAUAAAAAGCAUGGAUUGUUCAAAAUAAUUGGACAGAUUGUACUAUCUUGCUCCCUACUCAUGUUUGUGUGUUUCAUUGUGUUUCCCUUUUCUCUUGCACAUUUUUACGUAACUCUCUCCUUGUGCAGGUUAUUCUACUUACUAAUGAUAAUAGAAUUAGUGAAAUUUCGAUAAUAUUGAAGCGAUUCUCUAUCAUGUGACUUCUGAUUUCGUUUUUUUGGAUACAUUUUAUUUUUGUUAGUAAGGUUGUGAUGAAUGGCAUCCGAGAUCUGAUACUGAUACUCAGUGCGCUACGCGCUAUCUUCCAAAACUGGCUACUUGAGCAAGAUGACGAGAGUGGAGAAGACUGCAAUUGAUCAGUCACAUGUUGGCAUAUGUGCGGAUUACCUCGAUACAGCUUUAAGUCACAAUGUUUUUUAAGCAAAGAUGGAUAAUGGUUAGCGGUGGAAUGCAGGACGCCCGUCUCAUCUUAUUGAGGACUCAUUUGCUGGAUGUACCUGUAUCUCAGAGUUAAUGUUCACUCCAGGACUUGAACCCAGUAUCAUCCGCUUCAAAUCCCACCGCAUUCUCCAC